GACAUUGCGUUUGACAGCUUCGAAUUUGUUCGGCGGCCGUACUCGUUGACCUUACGAACCGAGAUAAAUAAAGUUAUUUUAUAACAGUGUGUCGGCGAGAUAACUCGGUCAAAAAUUGUGACGCAGACCUAUCUAUUGUUCAGUGAAAAUGCCUAGCGUUGUUACCGUUAAUACAACCCCUUUCGAAGGGCAAAAGCCGGGUACUAGUGGUUUACGUAAAAAAGUAAAAGUUUUUCUGCAAGAAAACUACACAGAAAACUUUAUCCAGAGUAUUUUAGACGCUAACAAGGCAAGUAUCGUGGGUUCUACGCUCGUGGUGGGCGGAGAUGGAAGAUACCUUGUUAAAGAAGUCGUGGACAAAAUCAUAAAGAUCAGCGCUGGAAACGGGGUUGGCAAACUAUUAGUGGGCAAGAACGGCAUCCUUUCUACUCCAGCAGUGUCAUGCAUCAUCAGGAAAUACAGUACUCUUGGAGGCAUAGUCCUAACCGCCUCCCACAACCCCGGCGGCAUCAACAAUGACUUCGGCAUCAAGUUUAACUGCAGUAAUGGCGGACCAGCACCUGAUCACACCACCAAUGAGAUCCACGCGCUCACCACCACCAUCAAGGAGUAUAAGACAGUCCCGGACCUCAACUGCCCUGUCGAUAAAAUUGGCGUCUUCAACUUUACUGUGGACAGCAAACCAUUCGUGGUAGAGGUCAUCGACCCCGUACAGGACUAUGUGACCUACAUGAAGGAAAUUUUCGACUUCCCGAAAAUCAAGGCGCUCAUACAGGGCACUGAGCAGAGGAAACCCUUCAACAUACUCAUUGAUUCUAUGAGCGGAGUAACCGGCCCAUACGUGCAAGCCAUCUUCGUCGAUGAGCUUGGCGCGUCAGUCAACAACGUGCGUCGAGUGACCCCACUGGAAGACUUCGGGGGCGCCCAUCCUGACCCCAACCUGACUUAUGCCGCUGAUUUGGUCGCGGCGGUCAAAGGAGGGGAUUAUGAUUUGGGAGCCGCUUUUGAUGGCGAUGGCGACCGCAACAUGAUAAUAGGCCGUGGCGCCCUCUUCGUGACUCCAUCCGAUUCCUUGGCUGUUCUGGCUGCGCAUGCGGCCCUCAUCCCCUACUUCCAACGUACCGGAGUCAAGGGCUUCGCUCGCUCCAUGCCCACCGCCGCCGCCGUCGACCGCGUCGCCAACAACUUGGGAAAGGAGAUCUUCGAAGUGCCUACUGGUUGGAAAUACUUCGGCAAUUUAAUGGACGCCGGUCGCCUCUCGCUUUGCGGGGAAGAGAGCUUCGGCACCGGCUCAGACCACGUGCGAGAAAAGGACGGCCUAUGGGCCGCUCUCGCUUGGCUGUCAGUCAUCGCUGUCACUGGCAAAUCGGUGGAAGAAAUACUGAAGGAACACUGGGCGAAGUACGGAAGGAACUACUUUACUAGAUACGACUACGAAGAAUGCGCAAGCGACCCGUGCAACGAGAUGAUGAGCGCCCUCGAGCAACGCAUGACCGCCCCUGGCUUCGUCGGUUCAUCGCACACGUCUGGGUCCAAAACCUACGUCGUUAAAGUGGCCGAUAACUUCUCCUACAUGGACCCUAUCGACCGUAGUGUGGCUAUGAAACAGGGUCUGAGGAUUAUCUUCGAAGACGGAUCCCGUAUCGUGCUGCGCCUGAGUGGGACCGGCAGCUCCGGAGCUACUGUCAGACUGUACAUCGACUCGUACGAAGCCAAGGACGUGCUGGGCGACGCACAAGUGAUGCUGCGGCCGCUGGUGGCCGUGGCGCUGCAGCUGGCGCGGCUGCAGCACCACACCGGCCGCGACGCGCCCACCGUCAUCACGUAACUCACCUUUCAAGUUUGCUUCCACAUCAUCAGACGACCGGUCUGGCCUAGUGGGUAGUGACCCUGCCUACGAAGCUGAUGGUCCCGGGUUCGAAUCCUGGUAAGGGCAUUUAUUCGUGUGAUGAGCAUGGAUAUUUGUUCCUGAGUCAUGGCUGUUUUCUAUGUAUUUAAGUAUUUAUAAAUAUUUAUAUAUUGUAUAUAUCGUUGUCUAAGUACCCUCACCACAAGCCUUAUUGAGCUUACUGUGGGACUUAGUCAAUUUGUGUAAUAAUGUCCUAUAAUAUUUAUAAAAAAAAAAAAAAAAAAACAUCAAAGAAAUACUAUAUCGGCUAAGCUAAUGUAUUUGGUCAAAACUGUAUUGGUGAAUUAACUUUUUAGUGCCAUUCUUUGUAACGGUUGGUUGUCUCAAAGAUAAAGCCCGGCUAGAAAUAUAUGAUCAUUGUCAAGAGGGCGCUGUUAUUCUCAUGUCACCGUUUUUUUUUUCCUUAAUUUCAAGGGUGCAUCCCUGAGCUUAAAUUAAGUAACUUUCUCAAAGACACCGGAGAUAAUCAAUAUUUAAUUUUUAUCUUAUAAGGUCCUUACAAGCGUGUACACUUGCCUUAGGGCCUGUUUACAUAUUGAUUGAUUAGUGUUUAGUGUGAGAUAAUACAUUUGCUACUAAACGUAAAUACUAUCUCGGACGAUUGAUGUUCCAAAUGACGUUGAUAUCUCACAUUUUUCAAAUGUUUGGAUUAGUUAAAUGUAAUGCCCGUGUUACAACAACGCUAUAUGCAACAUUUAAUUACUUUUUAUAAAAAAAAAUAUAUUUUAUUAACUAUGACGUUUAGUUUCCCUUAACAUACCGAUACCCCAAAGUUAAAGGAAUUCAAUAAUAACACGGUGUAUAUGGUGACAAUCGAAUUUAAAAUGUCGUGAGACAUACUAACAUUAACUCUUCAAGUUGCAUACGUGUUUGAGUUAUUAGAAUUUUGAUUUUAUUUAAAUUAAUCUUUGGAAUUUAAAUGACAUAAUGCUUUGGGAGUCGACGACCUGCCACUCCAAUUCUACAGUUCAGUUUAAUAUGUAAAAUUUAGUUCCUAUGAAAUUCCGCAAUAUGGCGCGUAAUCAUAUGUUACUGGUCAGGCUUUACAUUGAUUGUAUAAGAUAUGUAAUAAGCAAAAUAUUUAACGGUGACAGAUGGUUUGGUACGACCGACCCUUACCCCCUUAUUCAUAAACGUGUACUAAAUUUACGAUGCCGCUAAUCAUCGUUUGUCCCUUUCCGGCGUAUUGGUAUGAUGGAAAGGGACAAACGAUGAUUAACGGCAUCGUAACUUUAGUACACGUUUAUGAAUAAGGGGGUUAGUAUUUUGGCUAAAUUCAUAGGCGACCUUUAAACUCUUCAAGUUAAACGACUCAGAGAUUAGAAAGAAUAUUUAUAUAAAAAAAAAAACAAUUGUUGAGGAUCGCAAUCAUUUAACUAAUAUUAAUAUUUUAGAAAAUCUGAAAUUAUGUAAGUCUAUUUUAAGCGACUUGAAUAGAACAGUGUGUUUUUAACCUUCAUAUUUGUCAUCGAAAUUUCAUUAAUGAUGACAUUACCACACAUAAAAUGCCCUGCCGAGUUACCUUGGUCAGACUUAAAUAUUUGUUUUGAAAUAUUUUACUAAUGUGAAUGAACUUCCUAAUUUUUAAUAUAUACUUUUAGGUACACGAAUGUUUUUCACGAUUUAUAUUUAAAGUUAUAAUAUUUUUAAUAAUAAUUUGUAACAUUAUGGGACGCAAGUUGCAAUAUUAAAAAAAGUGUUUCUAUAUCGGUUAUCUGUUACCAAAUGAAUAACAUUGUUUUGAACUUUAUUUUACAAAAUAAAAAUAAGUACAUAUGUUUAA